ACACCUUGACCAGCUCGACCAUGGACGCAGUCAAGGAUCUCGCAGACUCGGGCAAGGUCUUUGUCCGCGACGGCAACGCUUUCAUCACGCGCUGCACAAAGCCCGACAAGAAGGAGUACGUCCAGAUCUGCCGCGCAGUCGCCAUCGGUUUCGCCAUGAUGGGCGGCAUCGGCUACCUCGUCAAGCUCAUCCACAUCCCGAUCAACAACAUCCUCGUCGGCGGCGCAUGAUGCACCUCCCUGCCCGGCAUCCUUCUCGGGACGGUGAACGAGGGACGAGCGAGGGAGAGGGGGGCGGAGGACGGUCUCGCACGCGCACUUUCUCCAUCAGCAGUUGUACCACCCCUUGCGCGCUCGACGAGGCGGUCGAGGGGGAGAACGUGUACUUGUUCGGCUCUCAGCCUCUCC